CCAUAUUUUAUUGAUAAAUGAAAUGUGAACAAUUAUUUAAAAAAUAAAACAAAAAUUCCCUCCUAUUCGGCUUUUCACUAUUCAGGCACCAACCCUCCUUCCUCCACAUCACCCGCAGCAAAUUAAGAAGAAGAAGCCCGAAAAGCAAUGUACAAGUCGAGGCUGCAAGAGCUGUGCCACCAAAGGUCGUGGACCUUACCGGAGUACUCGAGCAUAAGGGACGGCCCAGACCACAACCCUCGAUUCACGGCCACCGUCACCGUCAAUGGCGAACGCUUUCAGACCCGGAAUGCUUGCAAAUCAUCCAAAGAGGCACAAAACGACGCCGCUCGCGAUGCCUUCUACCGCUUCACCAACCCUAAGCCUCCCCCGCCGCUGCCUUCCAUUCUCUCAUCCUUUGGUCAUUUCCCACAACCUUCACUUCCCUCAUCAUCUGGUGCUUCAAGUGGAAGUACUGAUUUGGAUACUGUCCUCCCUGUGAGCAAUGCAUUGCAACCAAAAGUACAAGAAAUAUAUCAAACUCCUCAGGUCAAUGGAACUGCUUUACAUGUCAACAAUGAUGAUAGAUCUAGAGAUAUGCAACAUUUGUACAAGAAUCAUCUGCAAAACUAUGCUCAAAAGAGAAAUCUCAGUCUACCUGUGUACUCUUGUGAACGUGAGGGGCCUCCUCAUGCUAGUCGCUUUAAGUGUAAAGUCACAAUCGAUGGACAAACCUAUGAGAGUCCAGAGUUCUUUGCCACUUUGAAGGAUGCUGAACAUGCAGCUGCAAAAGUUGCUCUAAGUUCAUUGUCGCCAGAUGGAGUUAAAGAGGAUGAUUUGGGACUUUACAAGAACCUUCUACAAGAGUUGGUCCAGAAAGAAGGUUUUCGCUUACCAGUUUAUGAUACAAACAGAUCUGGUGAAAGUCAUGUACCAAUUUUUGUUUCAACUGUGGAGAUAGAUGGAGAGAUUUUUAAAGGACAUGAAGCAGGAACCAAAAAGCAAGCAGAGAUGAGUGCUGCAAAGGUUGCUUACACUACUUUGAAAGAGCGUAAGUCGGGUCAGAGCCCUUUGAUUCUGCGCCCUCCUCACCAAGAAGAUGCUCCUGAGUUCUCAUCUUCUAGCCUGCGACCAAAUUUUACUUCUGAUCUGCAACAGCAUGUUGGAGCCAAAGACCCCGCCAUGAGUAUGAAUCCAUGCACCAUUACUGAGGGACAAGCUGAGGAUAGAGUAAGUGCCGAAGACAGCCGUUAUCAUCCCUCCAGUCUAUCUUCAGGAUUGGAUUCCAUGACGAGUAGCAGAGGUUCAUCUUCAUCCAACUCUUUAAAUGCUUGUGCACCGGACACAGUCUUCUCUGAUAUUCCUCACAUGUCUGAAAAUGGCCUAUCUCAACCUUCUUCACCUUCUGACUGCUCCACUGAGUUGGCUGUGGACUCGAGUCUUUUGCUGGCAGCUGGAAUGAGUAGCUCAUCCCGCAAAAGGGUCUUUGUUUACUCACGCACGCCAAACAUGACAAAUCCUAAGGGGUUUACUAUAUUGCCCAGGAGUGAUGAUAAAUGGGUGGCUUACUCCCCAAACUGAGACGCAGGCUUAGCUUGCGGGCUCUUAAUUACCAAUUUUAUUUCUAAUGACUUCUACGUUAUUGAACUCUCAGUUGUGCAUGCCUAAAUAUAUGAUGUUGAAAGUAAAUAAGAAUUGGUAAUGAUGGAUUUGACGGAAACCCACUCCAGACAAGGAUCUCCAACAAUUUGUUGCCUAAAUUACUAACAAAUUGGGCAGCACAUGUGAAAAAAUCUACAUGAGACACACCUACUCGAGUAAAUGGCUGAACAGUCCAAAACUUAUUUGAAUAAGUGGAUUCUAUGUUAGAUUCUGCACAAUCCACAUGCUUAUCCUGUCAGAUUUCAAUAUCUACUUGUAUUGCUGAGUUGGUGCAACUGGAAUAAUGAUGAGGAUGUCUGCUGCAUUCCCUUGUGCUACUUAAUUUAAACAGCUGUCAGGAGUUGCAGUCUACUUACUGUAAUUUAUUAUUAUUAUUUUUGUUGUAACUUUCUUACUGUAAUUGUUCAUAUAAUCGACUGCUCAUGCUACUAUGAGUAAUGAUAUAAGGAGGACUAGAGUCUUCAUAAAGUUCUUCCAAGUGAUUUAA